AUGCACCACUCUCAGCUUGCCCCGCUGCCUAAUGAUCUGCCCUUUCAGAUUGUCUCGAAAACGAUCGGUCAGGGUGCCUAUGCCUGUAUCAAAAAAGCAUGUCCCUCGAAUGCCGAUAACCCCGUCUUUGCCGUCAAAUUCAUUCACAAAGAGUAUGCUGCUCGACAUGGCAAGAUCAGCCCUCGGCAAUUGCAAAUGGAAGCGACGGUACAUAAACACAUCGGCGAUCACAACAAUAUAAUUUCAUUCUUCCAGACCGGCGAAGAUAGCGUGUGGCGAUGGAUCGCAAUGGAACUGGCCGAGGGCGGAGACCUCUUCGACAAGAUCGAGGCCGAUGAGGGUGUGGGCGAGGAUAUCGCUCAUGUGUACUUCUCACAGCUUAUUAGUGCCGUGGGGUACAUGCAUUCAAAAGGAGUCGGUCACCGGGACAUCAAGCCCGAAAACAUGCUUUUAACUGCCGAUGGAAAUCUCAAGAUCGCCGAUUUUGGUUUAGCGACCUUAUUCGAGUACAAAGGAGUCACAAAGCUCUCGACGACUUUCUGCGGCAGUCCCCCGUACAUUGCCCCGGAGGUCAUAUCAUGUAGCAACCGUGGCCAGGUUAAGGGAGCGGGUUAUCGCCCAGAUCUGGUGGAUAUUUGGUCGUGUGGGAUUGUACUCUUCGUUUUACUGGCUGGCAACACGCCGUGGGACAGUCCGACAGACAGCAGCUACGAGUUUCAUGAAUAUGUUGCGACAAACGCACGAACAAGUGAUGAACUCUGGCAGAAGCUGCCUACAGCAACUCUCUCUUUGCUACGCGGCAUGCUGAACAUCGACCCCAGUAACAGAUUCUCUCUUGAGGAUGUGCGGCGGCAUCCUUGGUUCACCCGACAGAAUCGGCACCUUGCCCUAGAUGGCAAGCUCAAGGACCCUAUCAAUCUGGCGACGACCAUGUUCGAAUCACUGCACAUCGAUUUCAGCCAGGAUCCGCUUUCUCGACCUCACAGGACUGGCAGCUUCGACCCGGAGCGGAUGAGGUUGGACGACGAAGGAGACUUGGAUACGGAACUGAGAAUCUCCUCCACUCAGCCAGAGAUGCCGCGGGGAGAUAUGUUAGUGGACUGGGAUACACCCCACAUGGCUGAUGUAUUUUCGUCCACUCAACCCAUGGGCAAGCCUUCCUCUAGCGACGACAUGUUAAUGGCGGGCUAUCUAGAGGACGAGCCGUCCAUGUCGCAAUUUUCGCCUCAUCCUUCCGUGCCGCUCAGCAGAACGCAAAAAGCUCAGCGGUUCCGUGAUAUUGUCCCUGCUCGCCCUAUGACUCGCUUUUUUUCCACAUGGGAACUCAAGAUUCUCGUUCCUCUUGUAUGCGAAGCUCUCCACCGCCUGGGGGUUCCUGUUCCCAGUGUGCCCGCGGUUUCUGCAGGAGACACAUCAGCAAUGAUCCGCAUCAUUACCAGGGAUGGCAGAAUGUGCACACUGCAGGGGAAAGUAGUCAUAGAGUGCGUUUCAGAGGGGCUCUUUGAGAUUGAAUUUAUGAAAGUGAAGGGUGACCCUCUCGAAUGGCGACGUUUCUUCAAGAAGGUGGCUGUCCUUUUCUGGGUUGUCUUACAUCGUGCCGUGAGCGGGUUCGAUCUUCUAUCUGCCCUCCAUGCUGUGCCUUUUCAGAUCCCAUCCAUGGAAAACCUCCCGGUAGAGAUUCUUUCCAAGAUUAUCGAUUAUCUCACUCCGGUCGAGCAGGCCCAGCUUCAAUCAGUCUCGAAGCGGUUAUUCGCUCUCGCGCGUGAUAACACUCGAUGGAGACUUCACUGUUACGAGGAAUCAUGGGUUGCUUCGGAAGCUGCCCGCCAAAACCGGAGUACUUCAGAAAGCCUGCUUGCGAGGUCCACAGCGCCCUUGAGCUCACUAGGGCAGACGUCGCUUCUUUCCUUGAUUCAACCACAGCAUAGACUUGUGAAUGGGGACUCAUCGAAUGAGAGUGGUCAGAAUGAAGUGCAAAAUCCGUCAUUUGCUGAGCGAGCGAGAGCGGCGGCGUCGUGGGACCCCUCGUAUGAGGGAGAGGAUGUCGACUGGUACUCUGAAUAUAUAGCACGACAUGGACCCAUGUCGUUUAGUUGGUUGCAGCAACCAUUCACGAGGAAAAAUCAAGGAGAGGGGAAGAUUCACCGUGAGGUCAAGGGGAUGGGGCUGCUCCGCGAUUGGAGCUCGGCGAGACAGAACAGGGUGGUGGCUCCGCUUGAGGAUGGGAGCGUCUGCAUCUGGGACCUGAAUCACUCUCAUUCCAUCGAUUCACGGGCUACAAAAGGCAGAGUCCUUGGGGUCAGUGCCCCGGGGAUCUUGAUGGCAGAUCUGUCUAAAAGACGGGAUCACCCUGCCCCACGGUCGGCAUUAGAGUUUAUCAACCUGGGCGAGUGUGUAAGCGUUGACUCCAUACGUCGGAGAGCUUACAUGGCAGUCGGAAAUGCGUUGAAUGAAGUCGACCUUGAAACGCUCCAGGUGAUUUCACAGCAACGUUAUCCUUGGUCAAUCUUCGCCUUGUCUCAGGAAACAGAUUACUCAGUUCCACUCACGGUGGCCACCACCUUGAGUAUUCACAUACACGAUUCUCGAUUGUCAGCCUCCGAGGAAGAGGAGGCCAUCAAUCUACGUUGUGAGGAGCCAGUCGCUGCGUUAGUGCCGGAAUCCCAGGUCUAUGCACGUCCGGAUUCCCCACUUCUACAACUCCAACCUGAUGGUCGGCCUCCUCACCGUAUACGUAGCCCUGAUCCCUCGCAAAAGGGCGCCGACUACGCACCUCUCUUCCAGCCUGGUCCUCUAUCGCUUUUACAUCCUCCCGCACCGCAUGUGAACACGAUUCUUCUUGCAGGCCGCUUUCCGAGCAUACUGCAAUAUGACAGGCGGUUCUUCCCUCGGCUACAGAACACGGUACAUUCAGGCGGCCGUCUCUGCGGCCUUGCCUCUAUUCCUGCUCCGCAUUUCCCUGUAUCGUCAGGCUCAGCGUAUCCACAGUCACAUAAAGUGGUAGCCUGUGGUGAAUACAAGGGAAGAGGCUCACUCGAGCUCUAUAAUCUAACACCCUCAUCCCUGGACAGCGGGGACAGCCCGUCAGAUAUGUCUUCGAACAUGAAUGCUGUGUAUCAAAACCGUCAAAGUGCCGCGAGAUCGAAGGUCCUCUCUGUUGAGUCGCACGGGACUCGCAUCGUCUACUCGGAUGCUGAGGGCAAUAUCAAAUGGGUCGAACGAGACGGCCGUGUCGACGUUCGCCGCUUCAAUCUUAACUCCUAUCUGCAGCAGGCCGGAGGCCAGACAAACCGACAAUCGCACCUUGGAACUUCAGACGCGGUCGCCCAGGACGAUGAAGAGGAGGAAGACGGUGCAUCCGGGCUCUGGCGAAGCGUCUUCCGCUCUCAGACUGACGGCGAAGUUGCUCGCAAGAUCUUGCCUACUGGUGGGAACUUGACAGGGGAUGAGCUCCUCCUCUGGACAGGAGAGCGAAUUGGCCGUGUUGUGCUCUCCACUUCUUCCGGUGACAAUCAUGGCGAAGAAGAUGACGAUGACGAGAUGUCUAUUGAUGGGGACCUGGACGACUCUGCUCGCGAAGAACUACGAAGCCGAAGACGAGAGCAACUGCGACAGGAACGUGAGUACGCUCGAAGGAUGCGCAGAGCGCUGGAAAGGCAGGCGGACGAAGUCCGGCGAAUGGGAGGAUUCGGACUGUGA